UUCACCUUUUAAAGUAUAAAUGUUUAGGCGCUUGAUUCAAAAUGGCUUAUACCAAUGGCGCAAGGUUCUGGCUCUGUCGAACUUCUUCUCUCGGGCGUUCUUGGCACUGACGUCUGCGUCUUGCACCAAUUUUGUCAAAGAAAAGAAUCCCGCUGUUGCUUCUCUUGCUUCAAUUGUUUGAGUUCCACCAUGAGGUCCUGCUGUUGCUUACCACGCCGCAGAGAAAAGAAAUUGGGCAGGAAAAGAAUCGCAUGCCUUGUGGCAUUCUCACUCCUCUUUCUCUCUGCUGCCAUCACGGCUUUGUCCCUCGGUAUCCCACUUUCUCGCAAGCGAAAAUUCCACAAUGGCGGAGCAAGUUGGGCAGGGAGUUCAAAAGCCAUCGAUUCGGCCUGUAAUAAAACAUUGUACCCAGAGCUCUGCGUUUCUACUCUGCUGUCAUAUCCCAACGCAGAAAGAGAAAGCCCCAAGAAUUUUGCCCAUAUUACUGUGAAUGUUACAAUGGGUCGAAUCCAAGAAGCAUACAGUGUAGCUCUGAAAGUAGCCCCUCAGGGCAUGGAAUCUACAGAGAAAAUGGCAGUGGAAGAUUGUAUGGAGCUGUUGCAAGAUUCCAUAUAUCACCUCAACCACUCGCAAGCGGAGAUAGCCAGAUUGGGCAUCGAUCCCUCAAAUGCCCAGAUUGUGGACAUCCAGACAUGGCUCAGUGCAGCUCUUACGAACCAGGAAACCUGCCUCGAUGGCCUGCAAGAGUCGGGCAUUAAUGCAAACACUCCGCUACAGGAAAGAUCUUAUGAUUUGGCAAAAUCUAUAAGCAAUGCUUUGGCAAUGGUCCAGAUCUCCUUUCCGAAAAACAGCCUGGAAACUAAUAUGUUUCAUGUCUCGCAUCCCCUGCAGCACAGUCGGCGUCCGCUUCUGGAACAGGGUAAAGAAAUUUCUGAGCCACUUGAUGAAGAGUUUCCUGAGUGGAUGUCGGUGGCGGAUUGGAGGCUCUUACGAAUGCAAGAUUCUGGUGUUUUGCUGGCGAAUGUGACUGUAGCCCAAGACGGCACUGGGCAUUUCAAGACUAUUACAGAGGCUGUCAAUAAUGCGCCAUCCUAUAGCAGGGAGCGAUAUAUUAUUUUUGUCAGGCAGGGGAUUUACAACGAAAAUGUGGUUGUUUCCAAGAAAAAGAUAAAUGUGAUGUUGAUUGGAGAGGGCAGGACGAAGACCAUUGUUGCUUCCCACAGAAACGUCAAGGAUGGUUGCACUACUUUCCGUUCUGCAACUUUUGCUGCAACCGGCCGAGGGUUUAUCGCACGAGACAUGACCUUCGCGAACAGUGCAGGGCCGAGCAAGUAUCAGGCCGUUGCUCUACGCGUGGGGGCCGAUUACUCUGCCAUUUACCGCUGCAAUAUUUUCGGUUACCAGGACACAUUAUAUGUGCACUCCCUUCGACAGUUUUAUAGAGAAUGUAAUAUCUAUGGAACUGUCGACUUCAUUUUCGGCAACGCAGCCGUGGUUUUGCAGAACUGCAAUAUUAUUGUUAGAAGGCCAAUGCGCAAUCAGAAGAACACUAUUACUGCGCAGGGCAGGCAAGAUCCAUACCAGAACACAGGAAUUUGCAUCCAAAACUGUAGAGUUGUGGCUGGAAGAGAUCUUACUCCUGUGAAGAACUCCUUCCCGACUUACCUGGGCAGGCCGUGGAAAAUGCACUCGCGGACAGUCUUCAUGAAAACUUUUCUAGAUGAUCUAAUUCAUCCCGCUGGCUGGCUGGAAUGGUCUGAAGAUUUUGCAUUGGAAAGCUUACAUUAUAGAGAAUAUAUGAACACUGGACCUGGUGCAAAUGUCAACAAUCGGGUGAAAUGGGGCGGAUAUAGUGUUAUUAAAACAGCAGAAGAGGCCAAUAAUUUCACAGUCGAUAAUCUCAUUUCUGGAUCUAAAUGGUUGCCCUCUACCGGAAUUUCUUUCAAUGGAGGCUUGGCUUAGUCAGAAUCAAGGCUGGAAACUGUACCAUGAUAAUUUUACUCAUAAUGCCUGGUGCGAAAUCUCAGCGGGUGCUAUGAAUCAGUUUAUGGAAUCCCGUCCGUCUACUGAUUUGAUAUUUCAAGAUAACUGUUUUUGGAUGUUGGCGGGUAUUUGAUUGGUUAUUGCCACAACGAUAUACUUGUUAAAGAAUUAGUUAUAUUGUUCUUGGUUAUGUAUUGUUACUAUUUUUUAAUUCCAACUUAAGUUCGUUCA